AUGUUCACAGGCCGCGAUCAACGAGCAACUUGGAAGAAUAUCCUGGAGUUCGAAGGAGUCCUCGAAAGUUUCCAAAGACUCGACCUACUGGUUGAGUCUAGCAAUUGUACAUAUAUGAUCCUAAUCCUCGAGCAUGUCCGCGACAUUAGUGGUAACUCGAAUCGGUCAUGUCGAUCGUCGCCGCAGGCAUCCGGAUCGCUUGGGCAAGCCGACACAUCUUACGGCCGCUCGAACGACGAAGAGCUCGAUGUGACUUUGCUUGACGUCGAGAGCAGAAGUGAUGGGCCAAGGUCUAGUGGAAAGAAGAGACUCGAAGGAGGUGAUCGGCGCAGUCUCGGGAGUCGGAAGCGUCUUGUUCUCGGACCCUGCCCUCAUCUCUUUCCCCUCUUCGUCACCUCGCAAACUGACUUUGGUCCUUUCGAAUGA